AUGAAUACUUUGUUACCUAUACACUGCUUAUUUUCACCAACUACUUUAGAAAAAGAUUUAUCCUAUGUUGACAAUACUUAUUAUCAAGCAGCAGAUCAAAAUAAUAACAAUAGUAAAGAAAAACCCCAUUUGGAUAAAGUAGAUUUAAUUCAUCAAAAUGAUAUCCUCGUACGCUAUACUCAAUCUAGUCUUGACUUGCAUAAUAUGAACUUGUCAAUGAUUCCUAUUCAUAUCCCCUUGUUCAGAAAAUUAACCAAAUUGGAUCUAUCUUUUAACAAAUUGAAAGAAUUACCUUCAAGUAUCGAACAAUUAACAAAUUUGAAGCAUUUGAAUUUAUCACACAACGAGUUAACUCAACUACCUUCAACACUCUAUCAACUCACUCAACUCAUGCACUGUGAUCUCUCCUUUAAUCCACUUCAAUCCAUUUCGCCUCACUUUUCUCGUCUGCUCAGCUUGAGUUAUCUCGAUCUAUCUCAUACCAACUUGCAAUUUAUACCUGCUGAAUGUCUCGAUCUAUCCUUAACCACCAUUCGAUUAGAUCACUGCCCACACUUACUUACAGAUGAAUUUGAAUACAGCAUCAAAUUUAAUCCACCCAGCCUAUUUGAAAUUUGUGCCCGAGAAAUCAUCCAUCCUAUCAUGGCCGACGUGAUCAAGAAGAAAAAAAUCAAAAAAUCGAUAUCUCUCCUAAAGACACUUCCUUCUCACAUCCUACAAUAUCUAUCUUCACCCGACACUUGCUCUUCCUGUGGUGGUCCUUAUUUUGAUACUCACUUGAUUCGAUACCGUUUAAUUCAUCGACAGGAUGAUACUUGGAUACCAGUCCAGUACAGACUAUGCUCUUCUCACUGGUUGACAGAAGAUCAAAGGGUCACAGAUAUGUUUUCUUUUAAACCUCGUCUCUUUUUACCCAAGUUGAAGCAUUCUCGUCUAUUUGAAUUGAAAUAA